CCAUGUGUGACAAUGAUUGUGGAGAAGGGCAAGCAGCAGUGCCAGUGCCCCGAGGGCCUCGUGUUUAGCGCAGCUAAGAAUCUCUGCCGGGUUGCUCCUCCUCGGGCCGGUGGACAAGCGAAGAUGGGCGACCCUAGUUGGAUGGUCAGAGGGCAAGGAGGCGCAAGCUGGCAGCACCGGAGGGAUUCUGUAUAA